CGCUGCCCGCCUUUAGGGGCCGCCGCCCCGGCCCCGACAGCCCCCGAGCGCCCCGAGCCCCGCCGCGUCCGACAUGAGGGAGAAGGGCCGCAGGAAGAAGGGCAGGACCUGGGCAGAGGCCGCCCGGACGGUCCUGGAGAAAUACCCCAACACACCCAUGAGCCAUAAAGAGAUCCUUCAAGUUAUCCAGAAGGAAGGACUGAAGGAAAUCAGCGGCACGUCGCCCCUGGCCUGCCUCAAUGCCAUGCUGCACACCAACUCCCGCGGCGAGGAGGGCAUCUUCUACAAGGUCCCGGGCCGCAUGGGCGUCUACACGCUCAAGAAGGACAUCCCCGACGGGCUGAAGGAGCUGUCGGAGGGCUCCGAGGAGAGCAGCGACGCGCACUCGGACUCGCAGAGCUCGGAGCGCAGCAGCUCCAGCAGCGACGGCUGCGCCAAGGACGGCAGGAAGAGCCGGUGGAAGAGGAAAGGACUUGUGCAGGACAAGGUGCAGGAGGUUGUGCAGGACAAGCUGCAGGAGAUUGUGCAGGACAAGCUGCAGGAGAUUGUGCAGGACAAGCUGCAGGAGAUUGUGCAGGACAAGCUGCAGGAGAUUGUGCAGGACAAGCUGCAGGAGGUUGUACAGGACAAGCUGCAGGAGAUUGUGCAGGAGAUUGUGCAGAACAAGGUGCAGGAGAUGAUUGUGCAGGACAAGGUGCAGGACAAGUUGCAGGACUUGUGCAGAACAAGCUGA